UCGCGCAAAGCCCCAUCACGAGUGUCCCUUUCCUUGAUCUUGCCUUCUACCUCGGGCUCCCGCAGAGACUCAUACCAUUCCGGCCAACUCUCACGAUGCUUUGUGCCAGAUGCCAAAAUUUCGACAUUCAAGCGUUUGCCAGAAAGGCCUACCCUUAUCGUGGGUUUCGCGAGGCCACGGUUUGCCAAUCUGCUCGAGAAGGAUGCUCUUUUUGCAGUCUCUUGCUUCAACAUGCCAAUAUCGACAAGGAAAAACAACCCAGUUUCAUGGAUUCUAUUACAUCAUUCUUCAUGCCCCGUUGGCUGCAUUUUAGGGCAGUGCGAUACGCUAAUGACCUCGCAGACGAUGGCGACGAUGGGCUCAACAUCUCGGCUCUUGAGAUUGAAUCACAAUAUAAGUGCCUGACUUUUCAGACUGCGGCCGAUGAAGGUACACCCCCCAGCGUUCGACGCGACAUUACUGGCUCCGUCAUGGGAAUGGGAUGUUUCACAGAGAAAAACCUUGAUCGCGCCAAAGCUUGGCUCCAAGAGUGCGACUUGAGGCAUACGACUUGCCACUUAACGCUGUCUGGGACACAGACCGUCGAGGCGGCAGCUGCCGUCCUGCCCAGUCGGUGCAUAGAGAUUCUAGACUUCAGCACUUCGAACCCUCGGGCAUUAGGCUCCACGUCACGGAGUACAGCCCAGCCUGCACCAUGGAGUUGGCGGCUAUGCGAGACGUCUGGGAUGACGGGAAAGUACAUAGCACUGAGCCACCGCUGGAAUGAUGCAGCCGAGGCGUGCAGGACAACCAAAGCGAACUACACAUCCCGACUCCAGGGCACCCGGGCUGACCCCACCAACACGGACCUCUCUCCUCUUUUCGUCGGUGUCUGUAAGCUGGCUUGCCAGAUGGAUGUCAAGCACGUGUGGAUAGACACCCUUUGCAUCAUCCAAGAUGCCCCAGAGGACUGGGCCCGUGAAUCCACCAAGAUGGCCGACUACUACCAGCAGGCCUGGCUGACCUUGUCGGCCACUACGACUGCACUCCAUGGAGGAGGAUUGAUCGACCGCGUGGAAGCCGAGGACCUGCCGAGGGUAUCGCGUCUUCCCUAUCGGAACAAGAGCGGUGAACAAGAGGGCUACUUCUACGUCCAGUGCAACCAAGACGACGUGCCCGAGAGCUACAGGCUGAACGUAGAGUCUAGCGAGCUGCUGCACCGCGGAUGGGUCUACCAGGAGUGGACGUUGAGCCGGCGUAUUAUGACGUUUUCUAGGUUGGGCAUCUUUCUGGAGUGCCAGUCGCAACAACCCCGGUCGGUCACGGGAGACGUGGUCCAUGUGGAAAGACAAGGCACAAGGUCCAAGCUACAACGGGCAGCCGGGAGCCCCGGGGCACACAUCCACGACGUCAUUCUGGCUUGGAAAGACACGGUCCAGAGAUUCUCGGUCAUGAGCCUGACCAAAUUUGCCCAGGACAGACUGGUCGCUAUAGCGGGCGUGGCAAGAGAGUUUGCGCGUGCCAUUGAGGCCAGCUUAGACGUCGACGACGGAACACCGGAAUACCGUGAUAAUGCCGUGACAGGGCUCCACCUCGGCCGCAAGUACCUUUGCGGGCUGUUCCCCCAGAUGAUUGAGUCGCAGCUGCUGUGGGAAUGUGUCGAGCCCAAGCAGGUAGCCAGAGUGGACGGUGUGCCCUCAUGGUCCUGGGCUUCGGUAGCAGGGUCCUAUACGGACGACGCAGGAGAGCAGAAGCUGCUCGGCUCCGAGGUCACCUGGGCUCCGCCACCUAGCAUACACUCUAUCCGAAGAAUCGAAACGUUUGUAUGCGAGGUAACCCAUGCUGCCACGGUGCCGGUCGACAAAGGAAUAUGGGCGCCCAUGUUCCCAGAUGCCCGCGCACAUGCAGCUGUCCCCGACGACGAGUAUGGGAACGACAACCGCUUCGUGGUACUUGGCGUCCUGGGCGUGUUGCAACCGGUGCAGAUCCACGACAUCUUCGCGCCCCCCAGCGAUGCUUAUACCUACAGCGAUGCUGAGAUGGCAUGUGAGGCCACGUGCUACACGGGCUAUAGCAAGGACCACUGGAGGCGAGUGAGCACGGCGUCCAACCCUGAAGUCGUAGCUGGCUGGGCGUCGCUCGAGUCACCCGAUUUCCAGACCACCGAGGCGUGCCGGUCAAGUCGCGGUGAUAUCCGGGCACUCUACAUAGGAAAGCUCGACAAGGGCAACUGGGGACGAUAUCAAUACGCGUAUCAGGUACUGUUUCUGCGGUUGGUCGAGAGGGAGAAAUUUAAUUCUUGCUAUGAAAGGAUAGGACUGGGAGGCCUUUUUGGGCCUGAUGUAGAACGAUAUUUCGAGACGGCGGAGGAAACUAAAUUGCAUCUUGUCUAGGAUUUGUUUUUUUGUUUUUUUUUGGGUUUUUUUUAGAGAAUACGAUUUUAAAAAUAUAAA